CUUCCUUUUUUUUUUCUUUACCUUUUCCUCAAAAGUGUUAAUAUACAACAACAAACCAUAAUAAUGUUGCUUUCCAAUAUUGUUCGCUCUUCACCAACCACAUGCAACAUUCGUUUAUUUUCAGCCACCAGUACUGCCCUUGUUGGUCGUCAAACAGGUCGAUUUAGAAAACCUGAAAAAAAGUUUGACGUAGAUCAUAUGGAACCUUUUGCCUUUGACGAUCAAACCACUAUUGGUCACAACCUUUUUGAAAACAUUCGUCAUGUACGACAAUAUCUUCGAAAAACCAAAUAUGAAUUACCAAAACUAGGUGGAUUUGCUCAACCGUUCGUACCUCCUACUGCUGAUCAGAUUGUUCAAUAUAAAACACAUACUUAUUGUGGUGAAGGACAUCCUGUAGAACGCAAAGUGGUUCUUUCAGUCAAAGUGACAGAUUUGAAAUUGACUCCUUCUCAACGACACAAGUUAUUGUUGCUUGCAGGACCAAGAUACCAUGUGGAUACAGAUGAAUUGAUCAUGUCAAGUGAAAAAUUCCCUCAAGUUAAACAAAACAAGAAAUAUGUUACUGAUAUUUUAAAUACUUUAUUGAAGGAAGCAAAGGAUGACAAGGAUACUUUUGCUGAUAUUCCUCUCAACUUACCGCAACCCAAGAAGAAACUGGUUUUCCCCAAAGAAUGGGCUCGUCCUCCUCAACAACAACAAUCUCAAAACGAUCAAUUAGAAUAAUUAGACGACAACAACUUUUCUUUAUGAUAGAUCAUUGAUUCCUUUUUUAUAUAAUAAAAAAAAUUAGUUCUAUUUCA